CUCAAGCGCAAACACGCGCGCCAGUACGCUUGUGAGGUUACUGACAACAGCCAUGGCCCUUCAAUGGCCCCUUCGUCUCCUUCGUGUACUUCACGUCCUACAUGGAAUAUAGAGACGUGUCCUGUUUUGUGGCCUCACCGACCCGAUUUCAGAAAACACCAAAGCCCUAGCUAGAGGCCUAGACACGGAAGACCUUAAAGACAGACCCAAUUCUACUUUCGUCUUCUGCUUCGCCAUUUUCAGUACCACAUAAACCUUGAGAAUCAGCAUGAGUAUGCGGGAGCUAAGGGCAACUCCUAUAACGUACACGAGGAACUCACGUCGGAGGAAGGUGGCACUAGAUUUGGAUCUCAAUGUUUUGCCACCGAGUGAGCACCGGGACCAGGAGAGGACUUCGGUUCAUGGUGGGCCUCAUGAUGUGCAAGCUGGUCAACAAGACAUUAACUUACUCCCUGCAGCGAUUGAUCUUGAAGUGCUUGAUGAUGAUGUAAUCAUAUCUUCUCCCAGGGCAUUUGCAGAAGCUAAAAACAAUUCCAGGAGGAAUCAUGAAAGGACUGUUGUGGUUGAUGUAGAUUCUGAAUUACUUGCUGAAGAGGUGCUUCUUUCUUUAGGCCAACGCGUACUGCAAUCAGAAGAAUGGUCAUCUAGGUUGACACUUAAUAACCGCCACAAGCGUAGAAGAGGUUCUGCGAACCAGACAAUUAUAAAUUGUGACCACUACAUAAACUUGGAAGGAAGUAGCAACUAUAUGAAAGAGAAUGCGAGGAAUGUGGCUCCACCUCCACCACCACCGCCAAAAGAGCCUACCUUUAACUGUCCUGUUUGCAUGGGUCCAUUAGUUGAGGAAAUGUCAACAAAAUGUGGUCAUAUUUUUUGUAAGGUGUGCAUUAAGGCUUCAAUAGCUUCUCAGAGAAAAUGCCCCACAUGUCGGAGGAAAGUCACCAUGAAAGAUACAAUUAGGGUCUACCUGCCUGCUGCCAGUUGAGUGCAAGGUGUUUGGCUUGGACUUCUCUGGCUUGAAGCAGGAGUGUUCAUAGAGGCUGCUUUGGUGAGUUGACCAUCGGUGUGUCAUUUUUUAAACUUAUUACUCAGGAACUCAUAGUUUUAACGGUUAGAAAAUGAAGUCCUUGGGCGUAUAGAGUUGGAGUCGUAGAAACAGCUUCUUUGCAAUACUAGGGUAAGACU